CCAAAAUGUCGACGGAGAUGGCGAACACCGAUCCUGAAGGAAUCGACGGUGUUCGUAUGACCUGGAACGCCUGGCCCCGCACAAAAGUCGAAGCCAGCAAGUGCGUCAUCCCUUUCGCCGCCUCGAUCUCUCCGAUCCGGCCUCACCCACACAUCCCUACCAAUCCUUAUGUGCCUCUCCGAUGCAAGACCUGCUCCGCCGUCCUUAACCCUUUCUGCCGCGUCGACUUCUCUGCCCUCAUCUGGAUCUGCCCCUUUUGUUUCCAACGAAACCACUUCCCUCAUCACUUCUCCGGUAUCUCCGAAACCAACGUUCCUGCAGAACUCUACCCUCAAUACACCACAAUCGAAUACGCUUUUCCUCAAUCCGAUCUCCAUCACACAAUUCCUCCACCUGUAUACGUAUUCGUGCUUGAUAUGUGUAUGAUCGAGGAGGAAUUGGCGUUUGCGAGAUCGGCGUUACAACAGGCGCUUGAAUUCCUACCAGAGAACGCAUUGGUGGGGUUUGUUUCGUUUGGGACACAGGUUCAGGUUCAUGAGUUAGGGUAUGCUGAUAUGUCUAAGGUUUAUGUAUUUCGAGGGUCAAAAGAGAUGACUAAAGAUCAGGUUUUGGAUCAGCUAGGGUUAGGUAGUGGUGCUGGUGGCCGGAGAGUUGGUGGUGCACCAGGGCAGGGGUUUCAGAAGGGGGUAGUACAAGGUGGUGGGUUUCCAAAUUCCGGGGUUUCUAGGUUUUUGCUGCCUGCUUCCGAAGGUGCAUACAUCAUCCAUUCGCUUUUGGAAGAAUUAGAGACAGAUCAAUGGCCUGUUGCACCAGGUAAUCGAUCAUUAAGAUGCACUGGGGUUGCACUAAGUGUUGCAGCUGGAUUGCUAGGGGCUUGUAUGCCUGGCACUGGUGCUCGAAUUGUAGCAUUGGUUGGUGGGCCAUGCACUGAAGGCCCUGGUUCGAUUGUAUCAAAAGAUCUCUCGGAUCCUGUGCGUUCACAUAAAGAUCUUGAUAAAGAUGCAGCACCAUAUUUUAGGAAGGCAGUUCAAUUUUAUGAGGAACUUUCAAAGCAAAUGGUCAGCCAAGGUCAUGUAUUGGAUCUUUUUGCUUCUGCACUUGACCAGGUUGGAGUAGCAGAGAUGAAAGUUGUUAUUGAAAGAACUGGUGGACUUGUUGUUUUAGCUGAAAGUUUUGGACAUUCGGUUUUCAAGGAUUCAUUUAGACGUGUCUUUGAGAAGGGUGAAGAAUCUCUUGGUCUUUCCCAUAAUGGAGAACUUGAGAUCAACUGUUCAAAGGAUAUUAAAAUUCAAGGGAUUAUUGGACCUUGCACAUCUUUGGAGAAGAAAGGUCCAGCUGUUGCUAGCACAGUGAUUGGACAGGGGAAUACCACAGCUUGGAAGCUGUGUGGACUCGAUAAAAAUACUUGUUUGACUGUUUUUUUUGAUAUAUCAUCAAGUGACAAAUCAGAUGCUUCAGGAAAUGUAAAUCCACAGUUGUACAUACAAACUGUUACAAGUUACCAGAGUAUUGAUGGACAAUCAAAGCUGCGAGUUACCACCAUUACUAGAAGAUGGUUGGAAACUUCUGUUCUCUCAGAGGAACUGAUACAAGGUUUUGAUCAAGAAGCUGCAGCUGUGGUUAUGGCUAGAUUAACUUCUUAUAAAAUGGAAAUGGAGGAAGCAUUUGAUGCAACAAGAUGGCUAGAUAGAAACCUGAUUCGCCUCUGUUCUAAAUUCGGUGACUACAGAAAAGAUGAUCCAUCUUCAUUCGCCUUAAACCCUAGUUUUUCAUUGUUCCCUCAAUUCAUGUUCAAUCUUCGAAGAUCACAAUUCGUUCAGGUGUUUAAUAAUAGUCCUGAUGAGACUGCUUAUUUUCGCAUGAUGCUAAACAGAGAGAAUAUAACAAAUGGAGCUGUGAUGAUUCAACCUUCAUUAAUAUCAUAUUCAUUUAAUUCACUUCCUUCACCUGCAUUACUUGAUGUAGCAUCCAUUUCAGCUGAUAGAAUUCUUUUGUUAGAUUCCUAUUUUAGUGUAGUCAUUUUUCAUGGAAUGACAAUCGCCCAAUGGAGGAAUUUGGGUUACCAAAAUCAGCCAGAACACCAGGCGUUUGCACAGUUGUUGCAAGCUCCGCAUGAUGAUGCGGAGUUGAUAAUACGUGAUCGGUUUCCGGUUCCAAGGUUGGUGGUGUGUGAUCAACAUGGUUCUCAGGCGCGAUUCUUGUUGGCAAAGUUGAAUCCUUCGGCAACAUACAACAAUGAAGGGUCGCCAGGGAUGGAUGUUAUUUUCACGGAUGAUGUGAACCUUCAAGUGUUCUUUGAGCAUCUACAAAGGCUUGCAGUUCAAUCUUCUUGAGACCCCACAUUAAAAAGAAUUUAGCAUUUUUAUACACUAUACAAUCAUCUUUAAUACUCUUCACCCCUCAUUCUUUAAAGUGUUAUGCCAUUUGAUAUCUUGAAAAUGAAUAAGGAGAGCAUGUGGGGUCAAGUCAUGUUUAAGCAUAAUAGUGUCAGACAAGGGAGAUUAGGCAGCAAGUUAGUAGGCAUUUUGUGUUUGACGGUUUUGUAAGUUACUUUAGGGAUUAUGUCUAAUUGUGUACCGGAUUUGUGAGGUUAUAUGAUUGAGUUUAUGGCUAUGGAGGUGGAAAAAAAAAUAUAAGAUUUGUUUUUUUGGCUUUGGUUAUGUUUUGUGGCUAGUUUUGCAUUUGUUUUCUUACAGUAAAUGUACACUUGAAUCUUUGUUUCAUGAACACAGUUUUGGUUUGGAGUUGGAUUUUGUUUGCUAUGGAAUCUUGUUUCUAUUCAAUUGAUUUUGUUAUGCAAAAAGAUUUGUGAUCCUAUUAAAUGGCUUCUAGCCUAAC